GUAAGCAGAACAGCUAUGGUAAAGUCAUGGGUAAAGUGUGAGAGCACCGAGGGCAAGCAGAGAGCCGAAGAGGUGACAGGAGAGGUUUAAAAAGCUGACAAAGCUCUGGUUAUGUCUGGGUUAAUGUUUAGCCUGAGGACGAGCAGCUCAUGGCCUUGCAAAAGUCUGUUCAGGCUGAGCAGUCUGCUGCAGCCUCAGCUCUCCAAGAACCACUCCUCUAAGAUGUCGUCAGACUCCCACUGGCUCUCCCCUGCAGACCGGGACCAGCAGGUGAUGGACCUCAGGGCCACAGGAUGGGUGGAGGUGGAGGACCGCGAUGCCAUCUUCAAAGAGAUGCACUUUAAAACCUUUAAUCAGGCAUUUGGCUUCAUGUCGCGAGUGGCUCUGCAGGCAGAGAAGAUGAACCAUCACCCAGAAUGGUUCAACGUUUAUAAUAAGGUCCACAUUACACUGACUACACAUGACUGUGGAGGGCUGUCAAAACGCGACAUCAAAAUGGCCAAGUUUAUCGACAAAAUUGCUCUUACAAUGUAAUGUCUUUGUCUUUAAUCAGAAAGUCUCUCUGCUUUCAGUCACAACUCCUGUUUGUCCUGCAUAAAGUCUGUGAAAGUGUGUGUUUGUAUUUUAUUUGCAGCAUAUUUUGUACAAGCUUUCUCUAAGAAUAAAACUUUGAUUCUAUGAAA